AUAAAUAUGUUUCCACAUUUAUUUUAGUUGGUGCAUGCUCUUCUCUCACCCUGCUGACUUCACACCUGUCUGCACAACAGAAUUGGGAAGAAUUGCUGUCCACAAAAAUGAAUUUUGUAAAAGGAACGUUAAGAUUUGUGCGUUGUCUUGUGACAAACUUCAAGCUCACACCGAUUGGGUCAAUGACAUAAAAUCAUACUGCCGAGACAUUCCCGGUGACUUUCCAUACCCCAUUAUCUCCGAUGAUACUCGAGAGAUUGCCGUCAAGCUGGAUAUGCUAGACGAGAGAGAUCGUGAUAAUGAAGACACAGCCAUGACUGUAAGGGCCCUCUACAUUAUUGACCCAGAGAAGAGAUUAAGACUUUCUAUGGUGUACCCAACUUCUACAGGCAGAAAUGUCGAUGAGAUCUUAAGAGUAAUUGAUUCCCUUCAACUCACUGAUAGAUUGAAGGUUGUUGCGACACCAGCCAACUGGGUGCCUGGCGAUAAGAUCAUGAUCCUCCCUACUGUGAAAGAUGAAGACUUGCCGAAGUUAUUUCCCAAGGGUGUUGAUAAGGUUUCCAUGCCAUCAGGAAUAAACUACGUCAGAACCACCACUGAUUAUUAA